AGCAUUAAUAUAGGAGUGGAUUUUUAACAAUAAUUUGUUGCUGUUUCUCUCACACGGCUUUCACUUCCGGUAAGGUGUCAUCAAGAUGUCGAAAGUCACGUUCAAAAUCAUCCUGACUUCGGACCCAAAACAGCCAUACAAAGUAUUAAGUGUUCCAGAAAAAGCACCUUUUACCGCUGUUUUGAAGUUUGCUGCAGAGGAAUUCAAAGUUCCUGCUGAUACAAGUGCCUUGAUAACAAUGGAUGGAAUUGGCAUAAACCCAGCUCAGUCUGCAUCUAAUGUAUUCAUUAAACAUGGCACAGAACUUCGAUUAAUUCCACGUGACCGAGUAGGACUUCUACAAAGACACUGUACAUCAGAAUUAUCUUAAUUUUUACUCACGCCUCAUCUCUACAUUUAGUGAAGCCUAAAACAUUACUGAAAACGUUUAAUAUUGUGUUCAAAUUUUAUUGAACAUGUAACUGUCUUGUUAAAAUAUCAAAAUAUACCCUCAAAGAAUUGUUGAAUAAUCUGUUUGAGUUAUGUUUUAAAUUUCUCUGAAUAAUGAUUAUUAUAAGGCAUUUUUUUCUUCUUCCAGAUUUACUCUUAAAAUUAGUACUUUCUUAAAUUAUUCAACAUUUACAGUCAUCUUCCUUGCUCUGAUGAUUAAUGUCAAACAAUAGUUCUGCCAGCUUGCUAAAAUAUAUUCUCUGUUCUCAUAAGAAAUGAACUGCUGUUGUUAUUGCUUUCAUUCUGUAUAAAAAUGUUCUCUCUUCAUUUUUCUAUUUUCUGUAGUUUAUUUCCUCAAAUUCACCAUUUUGAGUGUGGCCAUUGCCAGUACCGCCUGACUGGCCUUCAUGCCGGUGGCACUUAAAAGUACCCACUACACUCUCGGAGUGGUUGGCGUUAGGAAGGGCAUCCAGCUGUAGAAACCCUGCCAAAUCAGAUUGGAGCCUGGUGUAGCCAUCUGGCUUCACCAGCCUCGGUCAAAGCGUCCAACCCAUGCUAGCAUGGAAAGCAGACGUUAAACGAUGAUGAUUUCAUACUUUCAGUUCUUGUUAUUUUUGCUUGGAAUGGGUAUGGAUAUUUUUUAUACAUACUAAAAAGUCUCUUUUUUUCUUCCCUUUUACAUAUUGAUGCCACUGCUAACCAUUAUACGAUGUCAUGUAAGACUAGCAAGCUUGCUUGCUAUGAUGUGAAAACAGAAUUGAAGUGCUUCUUGCAAGAUAUCGCAUGACUAAUGGUAACUAAUCAGCAAGCUUUAUUAAUCCUCUCAAAAUAUAUAUGAAAGUUUGUUUUACUUCAUUUCUUAGUUAUUUUGAAAACACACAAAUUUAAAUCAUUCUUACAAUUAAACCUCCCUAAAAUUUUUGGCCUUGCACCAAAAUAUGAAACUAAUUAUCUUAAUACAAUAUAUUGUGAUAUUAUUAUCAGGUCUAUAAGGGUGGCACAGAUGGUAAUGUACUCAGCAGUAAUUAAUUUCAUUGAUUAAUAACAGAGUUCAGAUCCUACCAGCAUUGCAUUUUAUCUUAGCAUUGUUCUCCAGGAAAUAUUUACUAUGUUCAGUUAAAUAAACUACAGUUGCUCCAACAAAUAAUCUUCGAGUGUACAUACAAAUUAUAUUGUGCAAGAGAAAUUUAUACAGGAUCAAGAAACCAAGUGAUUGGAACACGCCAAAACCAAAAAAUGGCAGUAGGCAGAGACAACAAUAACAGGAUUUUUUGUUUAGUAUAUCAAAUUGAGAACAACAACAAAUUGGCAGAUGGAGUAUCAAAAUAAAUGCUUUUUAAACUUUUA